AUGCCCUCGGUCACGGCUCAGCCCGACCUGACCUCGCCCUUGGCUUCGUCGCCCGAAGCGCACUCAUCGCCCCAGAGCCUCCCCGACCUCGUCCACAACCUCAAGCAUGGAAGCUCCGUCCUCGCCCUCGCCGUCAGUCCCCAGCACGACUCCAUCUACGCCGGCACCCAGGACGGCGAGAUUGUCGCCUGGUCCCUCGCCACCUUUCACCAGGUCCACCAGGUCCAGGCCCAUAAGCGCAGCGUCCUCUCCCUCUUCCUUUCUCCGGAUGCCUCCCUCCUCUUCUCCAGCGCCGGCGACCCCGUCAUCAACGUCUGGUGCCCCAGGACCUUGCGCCGCCUCUACGAAGUAUACGGCAUCCACGACGUCGGCGACGUCUUUUGCACCGCCUACAGCCCCCAGCACGAUACCCUCUACCUCGGCGCCCAGAAUACGACCAUCCAGUGGGUCGGCCUAGGCGAUCCCUCCGUCAAAGUCCCCCCCGGCUCCCAAAGCCAUCCCGACCGCAGGAACCAUCGCUUCUUUGACUCCAAGGCCGUCGGUGGAACCAGCACCCCCCGGCGAAGCGAGGGAAGGUGGAGCUUGAUUCCCCGCGCCCAGGCCGUCCUCGAAAUCGACGGCGGCUCUGUCCGCCACUUUGCCCACAACGGCUACGUAUACUGCAUGCUCAUGGCCAAGGGCCCCACGGUCGAGGUCAAUGCCGGCGACGACGUCCUCAUAUCCGGCGGCGGCGAUGGCACAAUCAAGUUGUGGUCCCUGAGCCGGCCCCAGCGCCCACAGGCCCAAGACGACGACAGCGACGAGAGCCAAGACGGCCACGGGCACAUUGAGGAGCUCAUGACCUUGGGGAAUGAUGACGCCGACUCAGUCCUGUCGCUUGCCCUCGACGGCUCCUUCUUGUACGCCGGAAAGCUCGACGGCAUCGUCGAGCUCUGGGACCUCGACACGACCCAGAGGCUCCGCGUCAUCAAGGCCCACGGCGCCGAUGUCAUGUCCCUCCACAUGGGCUGGGGCUACCUGUGGACGGCGUCAGCCAACGGCUGUGCCAGUCGCUACAGCAUCGCCCAUUACGGCGCAAACUGCCAUGCCUCUCCUGGAGACGUCACCCAGAAGUAUCGGUGCCUCAGCAAGUGGAGAGCCCACGAGGGCAAGAUCCUAGCCUCGGCUGUCACCACCUACGGAGAUCACAAGUACUUCAUCACCGGCGCCAACGACGACGAGAUAUCCAUCUGGUCCACGAAGGACAAGGCCUGCUGUACCAAGCCGGCCGCCGAGGGGACCGAGGACCUGCUCUUCUCCACGCUGUCUGACUUUGUCUCGUACAAGACGGUCUCGUCCCGCCCAGAGUAUGCCGAAGACUGCCGCAAGGGUGCCACCUUUCUCGGCGCGCUCUUCAAGCGCCUCGGCGGCCAUGUUGAGAUGCUAAGCACCGAAAAGGCCCACAACCCCGUCGUCUAUGCCCGCUUCUCCGGCAAGAAGGAGGCGGCAGAAGGCCGUAAGCGCAUCCUCUUCUACGGCCACUACGACGUGGUGGCGGCCGACAACAAAAACGGCAAGUGGAUGACGGAUCCCUUUAUCCUCAAGGGCACCAAUGGUUUUCUCUACGGGCGCGGCGUCAGCGAUAACAAGGGACCCGUUGUGGCGGCCCUGUUCGCCGUUACCGAUCUUAUGCAGGCGCAGAAGCUCGAAAACGACGUCGUCUUCCUCAUCGAGGGCGAGGAGGAGGUCGGCUCGAGAGGCUUCGAGGAGGCCGUCGAGAGGCACAGAGGCCUCAUCGGCCACGUCGACUAUAUCCUGCUCGCCAACAGCUACUGGCUAGACGACGAGGUGCCAUGUCUGACGUACGGCCUGCGAGGCGUGCUCCAUGCCACCGUGUCCGUCGACGCGCCCCGCCCCGACCUACACUCGGGCGUCGACGGCUCCUACAUGGUCGACGAGCCCCUCUCGGAUCUGACCAGCAUCUUGUCCAAGCUCAAGGGCGCCGGCAACAGGAUCCAGAUUCCGGGCUUCUACGAUGGCAUCCCUCCCAUGAGGCCCGAGGAAGAGACCCGGUACGACGCCAUUGCCUCCAUCCUGAUGCAGCACGGGGCCGACAACAUCAACGAGGACAAGCUCAAGCAGUCGUUGAUGGCACGCUGGCGGGAGCCGAAUCUCACCAUUCACCGCUACAAGGUGUCUGGUCCGGAGGGUAGUCUGAUCAGCAGCCACGCCAGUUCGCACAUCAGUCUGCGUUUGGUCCCGGGACAAGAGGUCGAGGGCGUGACGGGGGCGCUGUCGUGGUUUCUGCAGCGCGAAUUUGCUCUUCUCAACUCGCAGAAUCGCCUGAACAUCAACAUUGAUAACAAGGCCGAGCCUUGGCUCGGCGACCCGACCAACGCCAUCUUCCGCACCCUGGGCCAGGCCAUUGUCGAAGCCUGGCCCGACUGCUUCAACCGCUCUGGAUCGCCGGGCUCACCGGUCGCCGACGACAAGGCAGCCGGCUCUCUGGACACCAAGCCGCCCAAGCCGAGGCAGCCGCUGUACAUUCGCGAGGGCGGCUCGAUCCCUGCCAUCCGGUUUCUGGAAAAGGCGUUCGGCGCACCGGCAGCUCAUUUGCCGUGCGGGCGGGCCAGCGAUGCCGCGCAUCUGGACAAUGAGCGGAUGAGCAUGGUCAAUUUGCUCAAGGCGAGGGAGAUUUUUGGCAAGGUGUUUGCACGGCUGUAG